AGUACGGGGCUGUCCAGCGCAGUCAUGUAUUGAAGCGGCCGCGGAACAGGCGUCGGCGAGCCGCGGACCAUCGAACCAUCUUGGAGCGUUGCCGGGGCGGACGAGGGCCCGUGCAAUUACUGUUGGCGCGGUGGACCCGGCACUGGACACGCCUUCACCGUUCAUCACAGCGGCAGCGCUACCCAGAGAGGAGCCGCUGGCCAGCCCCCCAGCUGGAGGAGUGGAGGCGUGCGGGGACCGCACACGUCACGGCGCACGAGGCAGCUAAGUUAGCCCAAGUACGCACACGAGGAUCGCUAUUCAGCUUUCUACAAACGCUUGGGUGACAGGGUGGCGACGGGAAGCGCGCAUAACAGCAAUAUGCCAAGCCGGGAAGGUGACUCAACGACCCCGCCGCCGCCCCGUCACGCAGCCAGCAGCAGCAGCCCCACAGCAACAACUGGCACUUUCCCCGGCGGUCCCAUAUACCCGCCCCCCGAGGCCGACCCAGAUGCCGACCUCGCGGCGGUCAUCCGUGCCAGCGCAGCAGCUACUGCCGCUACAGCUGCCUCGAGCAUGCUUGCUACAGCCGGGCAUGGCGGCAGCAGUGGCGCUGCUGCAGCCGCCGGCGGGGCAGCAGCACCCGUUGGGUCGGGCGGCGGGCUGCUGCAGCCGGCAACCCUGCGGCACGCGACCUUGAGGCAGGGUUACUCGCAAGCCCUUGAGCACGGUCAGGCCCAGGGUCAGGGGCUGGGGCCAGGGCCGGGUUCGGGGCUAGGGCCGGGGCCGGGGGAGGGGCAAACGCACGACGCGGUGAUGGAGGUGGCGGCGGAGGAUGACGGGCUGAGCUGGCUGGAAGCUGCCAGCAGCUACAGCCACAGCUACAGCACCGCCAGCAUCAACACGGCGGCUGCGGGGCGGCUGCGGGCGGCGCUGCUGGACCGGGCGGUGGGGUGCUACGUGGCGCAGGGGCGGCUCAACAUUACGCAGGCCACCGACUAUUGCUUGGUAAUGCUGACGCAGCCCCAGACAGCCGGGGGCGGAGGUGAUGGUGUGUCCGCCGCUAGGGCUGCGGGCGAGCUGCGGGCGGCGGCGGCUGACACGCUGCAGGCGCUGCUGCAGGACGAGCACCUGGGCAUGGUGGUGGACAGCCGCCGCGUGCUGGACGCGCUGGGCCGCGUGGCGGCAGGCUGUUGCGCCGCCGGCCUGGCCUUCGUCGCCCGCAGCGGCUGUAGCAGCAGCGGCGGCUGUAGCAGCAGGAGCGGUGGUGGCGGCGGCUGUAGCAGCAGCGGCGGCGUGGGCGGCGGCGGCGGCGGUGGCGGAGGCACGGGCGGAUAUGGUGGUGUGCGUGUGGGUGUCAGUGGCGGCGGUGUUCGUGUCGGCAUGUCGCCGCCAGCCCCGCAGCCGCAGCUGCUGCGCCUGGCGCUGCGCGUCUACAUGAACACGGUGUUCAACCCGCCGUGCGGCUGCGCCCUGACGGCCGCCGCCAUGGGCUGCUGUGACGGCGGCGGCGGCGGCGGCGGCGGUGCCAAUGUGAGUGGCGGCGGCGACGCUGCGUCCAUGAGCAGUGGCAGCGGCAUGGGUGGCGGCGGCGGCGGCGGGCGAGGUGGCGGCGGCGGCGGCCAUGCCCCUGACUCCGCCGACGUCCGGAUGCUCCUGUGCCGCUGCCUAGACCUGGCAGCGGCGGCGGCGGCAGCGGCGGCAGCGGCGGCUGUGGCUGCGGCUACCGCUGCGGUGGCGGGUGUGAAUUGCUCAGGUCAGAACGCGGCGGUAACACCGCCGCCACUGCCGCCGCCGCCGCCGCCGCAGCUGCAGCCGCCGCCGCCAGCGCCUGCAGCGCUGUCCUGUCUGGCGGCCGCCACGCAGCUGGCGGAGCUGGCGGCGGCGGCCCUGAGCGCAUUCGCCAUCCCCGCGGUACGGGCGACGCUGGCGGCGCCGCAGCUUGCGGCUGUAGCACGCUGCGUCACGCAGCUUCUGACAGCUGCCUACGCUACAGCCGGUAGCGGUGGCGCCGCCGUCGGCAGUGGCAACAACAGCAGGAGCGGCAGUAGCAGUAGCAGUGGUCGCACCGCCCCGAGCCGCCAGGGCAGUAGCGGCAGCGGCAGCGAUCCAGCGGCGGCGGCGGCGGCGGCGGCGGCGGUUGUGGGAGGCCAGGUGACGCCGCAGCAGCGCUGCUGGCUGCUGGGGCUGCUGCUGUCGCUGCUGCGGCGGCCGCUGGUGCCACACGCACCACUGCUCACACAGUCGCACGCCUUGGGUGGCCUGGGGUUUGGCUUUGAAGGGGCAGUCAGCAGCGGCGGCGGCUGGGCAGGCGGCAGCGUGUUGGGAGGUGGCGGCGGUGGCGGCGCAACCGCAAACGCAGGCGCCGCCGGCGCCAACGGCGGAUCCGGGUCCGGGUCCGGGUCCGGGUCCGGGUCCGGGUCCGGGUCCGGGUCCGGGUCCGGGUCCGGGUCCGGGUCCGGGUCCGGGUCCGGGUCCGGGUCCGGGUCCGGGUCCGGUCCUGGCCAGGGUGGCGUUGGCUGGCUGCGGGAGCGGUGGGAGGGCGCCGUGGCGGCGGCGAUGGUGGCGGGCUGUGUGGGCCCUUUGGUCCGGGCGCUGCGUCAGCACCACGAACUCCCGGACCACCAACAGCACCACCGGCAGAACGGCAACGCCUCUGCUGGCGCGGAUGGCAGCGGCGGCGCUUACACCACCGCCACCACGCCCGCUGGCGGUGGUGCACCUGUGACAACGGCGCAGCUGUCACGGGAGCAAGAUCUCGCGCUGAAAUGCCUGGUGGCAAUGGCUGACGCCACCUCCGCCCCGGCGGCUGCAGCCGCCGCCUCUGGAUCCAACAGCGCAGCGGCGGCGGCGGCGGCGGCGGCGGCGAGGCAGGCGGUGGAGGCGGGUGCGGCGCCGGCGCUGAUGGCGGUGCUGGCGGCCGGGGGUGAUGCCGAGCGUGCCGUGCGGCUGCUGCUGUGGUUGGCGACGGGACCGGCGCCGGGGCUGGCGCCGACGGUUGAGAGUGCCGUGGUGGCGUUUAUGAAGAUGGCCGGUGAGGUUUCGGUGAAUGAUGGCAGUAGCAGCUGUUCCGGAGGACUUGGAGGUGGUGGCGGCAGUAGCGAGCAGGCGGCGGCAGCGUUUCUUCGUGGCGCGGCGGCGGUGGCGACAGUGCUGCUGCACGCCGGUCACCUGGGGCGCAGCGGCGGCAGUGGUGGCAGUAGCAGUAGCAGUAGCGCCCUGGGCGGCGGCAAGGGUGGAAGGGGCGGUCAGGGGCUGCUGGAGCCGGUGGCAAGCCGCGGCAAUGGCAGUAGCAUCGGUGGCGGCAGCGGCGGCGCCGGCGCCGGCAGAGGCCGCAUGCUGCUGCCUGCUGGCAGUAGCCAGCUGUACGGUGGCGGCGGCGGCGGCGGCGGCGGCGAUGAUUACGAGCUAGGGAUUGAGGGUGAUGGCGACUGCGUGUGCGUGUUCUGUGCCGCCCGCAUGACCAACAUGGCGGCGGCGGCGGCUGGCGGUGGUGCCGCCGCCGGCGACGCCGAGCCGCGGACAAGGCAGGAGGCGGCGGCCGCGGAGGUGGCAGUGGUGGCGGCCGAUGCCGCGUGGCGGCAGGCGAGGUGGCUGCUGUGCACGGUGGCGUCGAGCGUGCUGCUGAGUCGCAACGACCGCAGUGGCAACGCACAGACGCAGCUUGCGCUGCAAGGUUGGCAGCAGCACGCGAAGGUGGAGGUGGCGGCGGCGGCGGCAGAGCCGGAGCCAGAGCCGGCGGUAGCGCCAUGGCUCAUGCAGCAGCUGCUCUCCCCCGAGGCCCGAUCGCUGGUCUCCCUGGCCCUUCAUGUGCUGCUGGGGUGCCACGGCAGUAGCAGUAGCAGCGGCAUUGGCACUGCCGAGCAGCAGGCGCUACAGCCGAGGAAGUCUUUGGACCCGGAGGAGGAAGAGGCAAUAGCUGCGGCCCUGGCGCUGCUACAGCACGCCCUGGGCUAUGCUACUGCCGGCACCUCCAGCCCACCCAGCGCUCAGGCGGGCGUGCUACAGCCGUGUCAGGGGUUAUCGCCAUUGCCGCAUUGUGCCACUGCCACAGCCACGGGCCACGGCUCCGCUGGCAGCGCCGUUCCCGGCCCCGGGGGCGCUCAUCAUCAUCGCGGCGUGGUGCGGAGCAUCAGCAGCGUCACAGCUGGCGCCAUCGGCAGCGGCGGCAGUAGCAGCAGUCCUGCAGCUGCAGCCGGCUGUAGCAGCGGAAGCAGCAGCCGCAGCAGCACUAGCAGGGGAUGGGGUGCCGGCUGUAGCGACCCCCGCGCGGUCCGGUCACUGGUGUCUGUGGUCUGGUCGCUUGACGAGCCGCUGGGCCUGGUCCGCGUGCUGACCCACUUCGCAACCGCUGCUACAGCCUCACCCGUUGCUACAGCCCGACCCUUUGCGGCAACGGCCGCUGCUGCUGCUGCUGUUGCUACAGCCGUGGCGGCGCCGCCACGUGCCGCAGCCGCCGCCACGGCGGGGCGCUCGCGGCUGCUGGUCGGGGCCCGCGCGCUGCACUGCCUGCACCACUACCUGCUACUGCUGGGUGGGGUGGGCAUGGACGUACUGGCGGCUGUAGCAGCCAUGAGCGACAGCGGCGGCUGCGGUGGCGGCAGCGGCGGCGGCAGUGAUGGCGCUCUGGCCCAGCUAGCGGACUGCCUGGCCGCACAGAUACACACACUGAGUGCCGGUGCGGCACACGCCGGUCACACGGCGGCUGCAGCUGGUGCAAAUGUGGGCGGUGACGGCGGAGGCCGCGGUGGCGGUGGCGGUGGCGGUGGCGGUAGCGGUGGCGGUGGCGGUGGCGGUGGCGGUGACGGCAAAGAUGGUGGUGGGGAUGACCUGCUGCUGCUACAGCUGGCGGCGUGCGUGCUGGACGUGGCGUGGCAGGAAGCCCAGCGGCAGCUGCAGGAGCGGCGGCAGCAGCAAGAAGAGGUGGCUGCGGCGGAGGAGCAGCAGCAAGAAGAGGCGGCUGCGGCGGAAGAGCAGCAGGUGAUGGCAAUGGCGAUGACGGCGGUGGCAGGUGACGGUGCCCACAGGGGCCUAACGAAGUGCGCAAUUUCGCGGUGCCGCCAAUCCAAGGCCGGGGCACCUGUGGGACAAAAGCAGGUCAACGGGGCGACACGCGGCGGCCUCAGUGGGGAGCAGCAGAAGGAGGAGCAACAGGAGUUGCAGCAGCAGCCGCUGCGCGGCGCUAUGGCCUUGGCGGCGGCGGUCGUGCGAUGGCCAGCAGUAGCAGCCUUCCUGCAACAGCUGCCGCCGCAGCCGCCACAGCCGCCACAGCCGCCGCAGAUGCAGCCGUCGCAGCACCUACUGCCAACUUCGUUGCAGCCUAACCCUGCUGCCGCAGCGGCUGGAGCCCAGCCGCCGCUGACGCCGCCUCCGGUGGCGGAGGCUGCAGGCGCUAGUGCCGAUGCCCAGACAACCGCAUCGCCACCCUUUCAGGUGGCAGCCGCGGCAGGGGCAGCAGUCGGCUCGGCCGCGAUAGCCGCGAUGACGCCGGCAGUGGGCACCCCAGGGCUGCCCAGCCCCUUCGCCGCACAGCCGCUGGCGGCGCAGGCGGCGGCGAAGGCGGCAGCGCAGGCAGCUGCGGCGCAGACGGCGGCGCAGGCAGCAGCGGUGGCGCAGGGCGAGGGCGAGGGACACUCCGCCCGCCCCUCCAGCGGUCUGCUGCACAAGUGGCACUCCGCCAGUGAGACCGACAUGCAGCAAAGGCAGCAGCAACAGCUGCAGCAGCAGGCGCCGCAGCAACCACAGCCGCGGACAGCCGCCACGGCAGCGCCGCCGCGGCGCCUGCCUCGCGCUAUGGCUUCCAUCUGCUCCACAACUGCCGGCCGCACCGCCCUCACCGCCCUGUACCAGUCCGUGAUGCUGCUGGAAUGCGGAGCCGGCAGCAGUAGCAGUGGAAUGGGCGGCAGUAGCACCCGUGGCGUGCUGCUAGCCGCGCAGCAGGCGAGCGGAGUCAGCGGCAGCAGUGCGGUGGAGUGGCGGCAGCACGUGCGCCUGCUGCUGCGCGGGCUACUGCCGCUGUUGCUGCAGCCGCGGGCCCCGCUGUUGCUACAGCCGCGCUGCUGCCGCCCGCCGCAACCGGCGGCCCGGCUGCACCCGCAGCCACAGCGCUCGUGGUCAAGUGCCGCAAUUACCCUGCCACACUUGGGGCCGGCUGCUGGCGUAGCUGGCGUAGCGGGCGCUAGUGCUGAGGUCGGCGGCGACGGCGGAGGCGAGGCGUGUGCUCAGGCAAUGCAGUUGCUGGUGCUGCUGGGCAGUGGGGUGGAGGAAGACGUGAGCGUUGCGGCGGUGCUGGAGGCGGCGGCCGCGGCUGCUGGCGGCUGCGAUGGGCAGCAGCAGGAAGGGGCUCAGCACGUGUGUGCUAGGACUGCUGGGAGCAGCAGCGGCGAGCGGAUGGUAUUGGCGGUGUUGGAGGCGGCUGCCCAACUGCUUCUGCUGCAGCGACCGCGGCCGCGGCAGCGGCAGGGCUUCACAGACACCGCUUCGGCAUGGCUGGCCAGCACUGCGGCCACCGCCACCGCCGUUGCUGAGCCAACGGCGGCCGGCUUGACCUCGGCGCCACUGCCCCAGCUUGACGGCGCCUCUCCGCCGCCGCCACAGCCACUGCUACAGCCGCCUGCAGCUGCAGCAGCUGCGGCGGCGGCGCAGCCGCCGCCACCUCUCAACCCGCUGGCGCUGCUGACGCCCUCUCGCCGCGCCUUCCUGCUGCGCCUUUGCGCCCGGCUGCUUGCCACACUCCCGCCGCCGCCGCCGCUACAGCCGCCGCGGUCGCCGCCAACCGGCGUUCCGCGGCGGCCGCACACCACCGCCGCCGCCACCAACGAUACCGGUGCCGCCGGCGCUGCUACUGACGCCGCCGCCGCCGCCUCAACGAUGGCCGCUGCCGAAGCUGGAGGCGGCGGACACGCAGCCAUGACGGACACGACGGCGCCUGCUGCAGCCGACGACGCGCCAGGGGUGGCGGCUGUAGCGGCUGUAGCGCAGGGCGCCGCGGCGCCGCCGCCUGUCUUGCAUGAGCUGCUGGCGCUGGCACUGGACGAGCUGGGCGGCGAGUUCGCAGCCCUGAUGCGGCGGCAGCGGCGCACGGCACCACUGCAGCAGCAGCAACACAAGCCGGAGCAUGUUGGUUUUGGUGCUGCUGCUACUGCGAGUGAGGGAGAUCCCAGCAGGAAAAACGGAGGCGGCGCCGGCGGAGGCGGAGGCAGCGGAGGCUGUGGCACCCUCGACGGCGGCAGUAGCAGCCGCCGUGGCUACAGCCGCCGGCCUGGAUCCAAACAAGCCAAUGCGUUGGCGGCUGUAGCAGCCACCGACAAUGCGCUCCUGCCGCCGCACUUGGACACUCACCACGUCACCCCUCUAGACCUAACCAACCCCAACCCACGCUACGGGCGCCCGGGAGAGCAGCAGCCGUCGCCGCGGCAGUUGGUUCCACAGCGGCAGCAGCUGCACCAGCAACCGUCCUGGCGACAGCAGGGCGGCGUCAGCGGCGGCGUCAGCGGCGGCGUCAGCGGCGGCGGCGGGGACGCCUGCCUUGACUCUGACACGCUCCGAGGCCUAGGCAGUAUGGCCAACUGCGCCGCCGCCGUCGCCGCCGCCACGCCGCCGCCGCUGCCUCCUCUCGAGCACCAUCUCCACCUCCACGAGCGCGGCACCUUUUCUAUCGACAUCCGCCGCCGUCAGCAGCCCCGCAAUGCUGGCCUUGGCGCCACCACGGCAGCCGCUGCCGUCGCCGCCGCCGGUACUGGCGCCGCUGCUGCCACUGCGGCUGCUGCCGAUGCCAGUGCGGCGGCCUUGCAGGCGGUCCGGGCCCGCGCCCGCGCUCGACCCCUGGCGACGGCGGCCGUGGCGGCCGGCCGGCGCCGUCUCGGCGCUGCUGCCGGGGAGGCCAGCAGACCCCGGCGGCAUGCUGCUGCUGACUGGGAGGGCGGAGUCGCGUUGAUGCGGCUGCUGCACGAGGGCCGUGGCAGCCACGACAGCACGGCAGGUGAUGGGGAUGGAGGCGGCGGCGAUGGGUUUCAUCAGCAGCGUGCGCAGGUGGCGGCGCUGGUGGUGGCGGCGCUGGAACUCCUGACCCAGCUGCUGCUGCUACUGCCGCUACAGCCGCAGUCACAUCAGCUACAGCCGGUUGUGGCGGCGGCGACGCCAGGCUCUGCUGCUGGUACUGCUGGCGGCUCCGCCGCCUUACUGCCGCCGCCAGCUGUGCUGCGCAAGCAGGUCACCAGCAGCGAAACCUACGGCGGCACAAGCAGCUUCGAUGAGGGCACACGCGGGGAGCUGGUUGCGCAGCUGGUGGCGGCGGUGGCGUCCGGCAGCGGCGGCGGCAGCCGCGGCAGCAGGGCUGUAUGGGCGGAUCAUGGCGGCGGAGAUGCGGAGGAGCAGGAGGAACAGGAGGAGGAGCAGGAGGACAGGCAGCUGGAAGAGAGCGAGGAGGCGGACGAGGGCGCCUGGGCGGGGCCGCCGUGGGUGGAGGACGAGGGCGCGAUGAGCGUGCGGGUUGCGCUGCUGCAGUGCUUGGAGGUGGCCCUAGGCAGCAGCACCCACAGCAACAGCAGCAUUAGCAACGACACCGCCAGCAACAAACGCAUCACCAGGACGGUGGCAGCCACCACCAAGGACGUGUGUGGUGAUGAUGCGGCGGCUGCGGACACGGAUCCAGCGGCCCGCGGCGCCGCGGCCGCGCUGCUGUUGUUGCGGCGUGUGGGGCCGCCGCUGACGGCGGCGCUGCUGCACUUGUCGGACGAUGUGGACUUGCUGUCAGACCCACAACAGCAGCAACAGGCCGCAGGAGCCCUCACGACUGAGGAUGACACGCCUGCUGCAACGGCAGCAGCGGCGGCGGCGCGGCGGCAGCAGAGGCGGCUGUCGGGUCUGUUGCAGCUGGCGUGCCGCUUGGUCACCGGCGCAUCUGCAGCUCUCACACAGCAAGAAUCCAGCCUGCUGCCGCCUGCGGCACCUGCGGCUGCUGCAGUGGCUGUAGCAGAGCUCCUGCAAGCACAACAGCAGCAGCAGCAGCAGCAGCAGGAGCAGCAGCAGCAGCAGCAGCAGCAGCAGCAGCAGUACCUGCUGCACCUGCAGCGGCCUGCGGGCCUAUUGCGCCUGGUGGCAGCCAGCACACGUGCCGCCCUCGCCCUGCUGAUGCCUCGCACACCGCCACCUCCCACGCCGCUGCUGACCGCCGCGGCUACUGCCACCUCUUCUCCUGCUACUGCCGCUACUGCCGUUGUUGCUUUUGCUGCAACCACGACGACGGGUGAUCUGGAAGCGGGCGGCGACGGCGGCGGCGGCGGCGGCGGCGGCGCAUCAGAGCUGCUGCAGGUGUGUGCGCGCUGCCUCUCCGCAGCCUGCGGCGCACUGGAGGCCACCGCGGGCGUGUCACACGGCUGGCCCCCAGCAGCUCCCCCAACCCCAAGCCACGCGGCUACAGCCGCGAGUGCUGCAACCGCAGCUACUGCCGCUGACGGCGGCACGCCACCGGCUGUAGCACUGCUGGCGCAAGCGCCGUGGCCGCCGGGGCUGGCGCCGGAGCAGCUACUGCCGGCGGCGCUGCCUGGGCUGCUACAGCGCCUGCAGGCCCGCCUGGUCGCCUGCUGGUGCAGCGGCGGCGGCAGCGGCGGCGGCGCCAGCUGCUACAGCCUCGGAUGCGCACUUGGCGGCGGCAUAAGUGCUGCCUCUUCAGGGGCUCGAGGCGGUUGCGGCGGCGAUAGCAGUGUGGCGGAGGCGGUGUCGCGGGCUGCGCGUUUCACUGCCCGACUAGACGAGCUGCAGAAGCUGCUGGACGGCUGGAGCCCGCUGCAGUGGGCGGCGUGGCGUGGCGACUGCGCCGCAGUGGCAGCUGCCAUCGCCCGCGCGGCUGCCGCCCCGCCCCCAAAGCCGCCGGCGGUUCCUCCUAGCAGCGCCAGCACCAGCACCAGCAGCACCGGCAGCGGCAGUAGCAGCCGCAGUAGCGGCGCCAGUAGCAGUGGCAGUAGCAGCGGCACACCAGGCAGCAGCAGCAUUGCGCGAGUACGGCAGCUGAUGGACUACAGGGGCCGGGACGGCCGGGUGUCGCCGGCGCUGCACCUGGCGGCGGCGGCGGACCAGUCGGCGGCGGUGGCUGCGCUGCUGGCGGCGGGCGCAGACCCGGAGGCAACACACGCGGACCAGGGCACAGCGCUGUUCUCGGCUGCGGCCCACAGCGCCCUCCACGCCCUGGGCGUGCUGCUGCGCUGGCGCCGGCAGGCGCCGGCGUCCACCCCUCCUGCUACUGCUGCUACAGCUGCUGCUACUGCCGCAGCGGCAGCAGGGACAGCGGCUGUAGCGGCGAGUGGCGUGGACACGGAGACACGCGUGGGCGGCCUGACGCCGCUGCUGGCCGCCGCGUCGGCGGGCCGCGCGGCGGUGGUGGCGGCGCUGCUUGCUGGCGGCGCCGACGCGGGCGCGGCGGCGGAGGGCCGCGGUGUGGGUAGCGGCCAGCGGGCGCUGGCGCUGGCGGCGGGUGCAGGGCAUGUGGGUGUGGUGCGGCUGCUGCUGCGGUGCAGUCGCAUGGAUGUGGACGCGGUGGACACACGGAACGGUAGCACGGCGCUGCUGACUGCGGCGGCGGCGGGUCAGGAGGCGGCGCUGCGGCUGCUGCUGGCGGCGGGCGCUGACACGGAGAAGUACAACAACGACGGCUGUACGGCGCUGCACGUGACUGCGGCGGGCGCCAACCCAGGCCAUGCGGGCUGCCUGCGUGCGCUGCUGGAGGGAGGUGCAGACCUGGAGGCACGGCACCAGCUGGGCUGGACGCCGCUGUUCAUGGCCACCUGGCACGGCCACGUGGAGGGCGUGCGGGCGCUGCUGCAGGCGGGGGCGGAGCUGGAGGUUGUCAACAGGGACGGCGCCACGCCGCUGCUGGUCGCGGUGAUGAGCGGGCGUGAGGAGGUGGUGCGGGUGCUGCUCUCUGCAGGCGCCAGCAUGAGCACCGCAGACAAGAACGGCUGGACUCCGCUGUUUGCCGCCGCGCUGUACGGCCACGUGGCCAUCGCGCAGCUGCUCGUGCGCAUGGGCGCGCCGCCGGACCUGGAGACAAGGGAUGGCAAGCAACCCCUGCACGCCGCCGCCAUCAACGGCCACGUGGACGUCAUUCGAGCGCUGCUGGCGGCGGGGGCGGACCGCGGCGCGCGCACACACUCCGGGCAGACGCCAUUGGAGCUGGCGAUAGGCUUUGGUCGCAAGGCGGCGGCGGAGCUGCUGCAGGCGACGGGCGGUGGCGGCGGCGGCGGCGGCCCGCCAGGCAGUAGCAUUGGGCCAUUGGCGGCCUCGCCGGCGUUGGCGUUGGCAGACGUGCCUGAUGCACGGCGUAGGCGCCUGACAUGCGCACAAGACAAGAGUGGUGUAACAACGAGCGCGUUGGGCAGUACCGUACCGUAUGUGUCGUGGUAGGUGUGGAUCAGGGGGUUAACUUUGAACCAAUGCCGUAAGGAAACAGUCGCGCGCGUGGACCAGGGAUGGAUGGUUUAGGCGGUGUGUCGUGCGUGGGCACCGGGAGCCGCAAAGCGGACCUCGAAGGGGACCUCAAGGCAGACUUUGCGUCUUGAGCAUCUCGUGUACAGUCUACUACGCUACGCAUUGUUUGCCCGUGCUUCCGUAGCUGCUGCUAGUUU